AGUAUAAUUACUUGUCACGAACAACUGGAAUUGUUUGGAACGUUUGCGCAGUUCUUAGUCAUCUUUGGUUCAUUAUCGUUGCGUUUCUGCGCUUCGGUGGUUUGUGUUUUUUUUCGGUUAUUACCACUGAUCGUAGUAUUUUUCCCACAGCGGUCAAACUUUUUGGACAUAAAACCAAACCAUCCAACCUAGUAGUCAGACAGAUUUAAAUCAGAAGUGAAAGGAAGCGAAACUGUUUAAGGUCACCUUUGGUUGUUUGUGAAUUGUUCAGUGGGCUUGUUUGUUUUUAAUAUGGUUAGCCAAGGCUUCCGAACCGAGUCGGAUACAUUUGGAGAGCUGAAGGUGCCGAAUGAUAAGUAUUAUGGUGCCCAAACCGUUCGUUCCACAAUGAACUUUCCCAUUGGUGGACCCACCGAGAGAAUGCCGCAACCAGUCAUAACAGCGAUGGGCAUCUUGAAGAAAGCUGCCGCUCUCGUCAACAAAGAGUAUGGGCUUGAUUCGAAGAUUGCGGAUGCUAUUGCUGAAGCCGCCGACGAUGUGAUUUCCGGUAAACUGUAUGACGAACACUUCCCGCUAGUCAUCUGGCAGACCGGCUCCGGCACUCAAACAAACAUGAACGUAAACGAAGUCAUCAGCAAUCGGGCGAUCGAACUGCUCGGAGGUACUCUGGGCUCUAAGACACCGGUGCAUCCGAAUGAUCACGUCAACAAGUCACAGUCAUCGAACGACACGUUCCCGACAGCGAUUCACAUCUCGGUUGCCCGCGAACUGACGGGCAAUUUAAAACCAGCCAUCAAAAUUUUGCACGAUGCUCUGAAGGCCAAAUCGGAUGAGUUCAAGGAUAUCAUUAAGAUUGGCCGUACGCACACUCAGGAUGCCGUACCGCUUACUCUCGGUCAAGAAUUCAGUGGCUAUGUCCAGCAGAUGGCUUUUGCUAUGGAACGAAUUGACGCAUGUUUACCUCGAGUGUACAUGUUGGCCUUGGGAGGUACUGCCGUUGGAACAGGAUUGAACACUCGCAUCGGAUUUGCCGAAAAAUGUGCUGCCAAGAUUUCUGAGCUAACCGGACUGCCAUUCGUCACUGCUCCGAAUAAGUUUGAAGCAUUAGCUGCUCGUGAUGCAAUGGUAGAAGUUUCGGGUUGCUUGAAUACAAUUGCCGUCAGUUGCAUGAAAAUUGCAAACGAUAUCCGAUUCUUGGGAUCGGGACCUCGAUGUGGACUGGGUGAGCUGAGUCUACCAGAAAACGAACCUGGAAGUUCGAUCAUGCCGGGAAAGGUGAAUCCGACUCAAUGUGAGGCGAUGACCAUGGUGUGCGCUCAGGUCAUGGGCAAUAACGUGGCAGUUAGCGUUGGCGGAUCCAAUGGACAUUUUGAAUUGAAUGUAUUCAAACCGCUAGUCGUGUCUAAUGUGCUCAGAUCCAUUCGAUUGUUGUCGGACAGUGCACGUACUUUCAGCAAAAACUGUGUGGUUGGCAUUGAAGCAAACCGAGCUAACAUCGACAAAAUCAUGAACGAAUCGCUGAUGCUUGUGACGGCACUGAAUCCACACAUUGGUUACGAUAAGGCUGCCAAGAUCGCCAAGACGGCGCACAAGGAAGGCACCACACUGAAACAGGCAGCUCUCAAGCUGGGUUACCUUACGGAACAGCAAUUCAGUGAAUGGGUUCGUCCGGAAAAUAUGCUUGGACCGAAAUAAACACCGAUCUAGGUAAGAUACAUUUUGUAUUAAUUUGCAUCUCUCAGAAUAAAAAAAAUGUUACUGUAUGGUGAGAAGAAAUUGAUUGCGAGUCUGGUUGCGUUUUUUUUUCUCUCUGUGUUUGCCUCCAAAGUGCAACCCGAUCAAAAUUAAGUUUCUGAAAUGAGGUGCAAAUAUACUUUUGUAAAUUUGGUUGA